AUGCCGGGGUUGCUUACCUCAUAUUAUCCAAUGGUGUUAACUACCUCCGAGGCUUCCUCUGAGGUUUCUCCUAAGGUCCCGUCUGCAGAUACAUCCGAAACUCCCUAUAUCAAAGAGAGGAAACGCUCGAUCAUUGAUAUUACCGCUGAGUCAGACACCCAGCUUCCCAGCAAGCCCAUUGCUGACGUGGUCAAACCAUGUUCUCCUGUCUGUCUCAGUUCAGAUGAUAACGAAUCCGAUUCGUCAUCUAGCGAAGCAGACGAUAAAUGCGGGACUGGUGAGAAUUCAGAUCUCCAUCAUAAUUAUUCUCUCGCGAAUGCUGCAGCGAAACUUGCAGGCGCUGUGCAUAAGAAACGUGCAUUUAGCAGGAGAAGCAGAACAGGCUGUUUGACCUGCAGACGUCGCAGAAUCAAGUGCGAUGAGGGCAGACCUUUCUGCCACAACUGUAUCAAGUCCAGAAAGGUGUGCAGUGGUUAUGCUCACGUCGAGGCCAUGCUGCAGAGCAACAAAAAGAAGCUUAAGUCCCGCGAUUCCAUCGAUCGCGACGGCUCAGAGUUAAAUCUUAGUGGCGUUCCAAGAGCCUACGAGGUUCCUCCUAUGAGCUACAACGCGUCUGAGCUCGCCGCACAGUAUCACGCACCUUCCUACGUCGCUGUUCCACCGCCCCCAGCCAAUUGGCAGUAUGUGCUGACCUCGAGGCGUUCCCCGCUUCCUUCUCUUCCUUCUCUUCCUACUAUGCCACCUCUGGCGCUUACAGCUACACCUACAUCUUCUUCUGCAACAAGUGUUGCACCUCCUCUUUCUGUUCCAGCUUAUUCUUCUCGCCAACUCCCACGGUUUUCGGUGAUAUCUUCUUCUGAUUUUGCGCCUCUCCGGCGUAUGUCUCAGCCUUCGAUGGAAGACACCUUGCAACAACAACAACAACAACCACCUUUACGUCGCUCUUCUUCCUCCGAGAUACAGCUAAAGCUCCAGCCCAAACAAGCUCGAAAUGCCUCUUACGAUCAUUUAUCUUGGCAGUAUUCUCCAACUAGCCCUGUGGCGCGUCAACAGCCUUUUUUUGUUCAGCCUGGAAUACUGCAAUUGCAGCAUCCACCUCAACCUCAACCUCAGCCUCAGUUUCAACAGUUGCCUAUGCAAGUGCAACAGCAACCUACUCCAACCUAUUCUUCUUAUCCUUCUUGGACUUGGCAGUGUCAACCUGUUCCUAUCGCUCCUUUGCAGUUAGAACAAACCGCAAGACAGGGACUCUUGUCUCCUGAUGGGAGACAGAUGCAGCAAUCUGUCGAUCCCUAUAUGUAUCGGGUUGCUCCUAUACGCAGAUGA